CAUUGCGCAUGGGCCCUCCCCGCCGGGUGGCCAUGUUGCAGCCCUAGCAGCCAGCGCAGAAGGCGGCGGCGGCGGGCCGGGGAGCGCAGCGCACUGCACCGCACCGCACCGCACCGCGAUGGCCGUGGCCGUGGGGAGACCGGCGAAUGAUGACCUGAGGAACUUGUCCCUCUCCGGCCACGUGGGCUUUGACAGCCUCCCUGAUCAGCUGGUCAACAAGUCAACGUCACAGGGCUUCUGCUUCAACAUCCUCUGUGUGGGCGAAACUGGCAUCGGCAAGUCAACGUUGAUGGACACUCUGUUCAAUACCAAGUUUGAAAGUGAACCUGCGACGCACAACGAGCCUGGUGUGAGAUUGAAAGCCAGGAGUUACGAGCUCCAGGAGAGCAAUGUCCGUCUGAAGCUGACUAUUGUUGACACAGUUGGAUUUGGUGAUCAAAUUAACAAAGAUGACAGCUACAAGCCUAUAGUAGAAUAUAUCGAUGCGCAGUUUGAAGCCUACUUGCAAGAAGAGCUGAAGAUCAAACGAUCCCUGUUCAAUUACCACGACACCAGAAUUCAUGCCUGCCUAUAUUUCAUUGCACCAACUGGACACUCGCUGAAGUCCCUAGACUUGGUCACCAUGAAGAAACUCGACAGUAAGGUGAACAUCAUCCCCAUCAUUGCCAAGGCUGACACCAUUGCAAAAAAUGAGUUGCACAAGUUCAAGAGUAAAAUCAUGAGCGAGCUGGUCAGCAAUGGCGUCCAGAUCUACCAGUUCCCGACGGAUGAAGAGACAGUGGCUGAGAUAAAUGCCACGAUGAGCGUCCACCUUCCUUUUGCUGUAGUUGGCAGCACUGAAGAAGUGAAGAUCGGCAAUAAGAUGGCAAAAGCCAGGCAGUACCCCUGGGGUGUUGUGCAGGUUGAAAAUGAAAAUCACUGUGACUUUGUGAAGCUGCGGGAGAUGCUGAUCCGAGUGAACAUGGAGGACUUGAGAGAGCAGACGCACACCCGACACUAUGAGCUGUACAGGCGCUGCAAACUUGAAGAGAUGGGGUUCAAGGACACGGAUCCGGACAGCAAGCCUUUCAGUCUUCAAGAGACUUAUGAAGCAAAGAGGAACGAAUUCCUGGGUGAACUCCAGAAGAAGGAGGAUGAAAUGAGGCAGAUGUUCGUCAUGCGAGUGAAGGAGAAGGAAGCAGAGUUGAAGGAAGCAGAGAAAGAUCUUCACGAAAAGUUUGACCAUCUAAAGAGGACUCACCAAGAAGAGAAGAAAAAAGUGGAAGACAAAAAGAAGGAACUUGAGGAAGAGCUGAACAACUUUCAAAAGAAGAAGGCAGCAGCUCAGCUAUUACAGUCACAGGCUCAGCAGGCAGGUUCUCAACAAACCAAGAAAGACAAGGACAAAAAAAAAAAUCCAGUCAUGAGGAACAUGCACGUGUUUUAGUGUGUCCUUUCAGUGUCGCUCCACACCAGUGCAAGCUUCACAUAAAGCCUGUCAAGCCAAGGAUGUUCCUGCAUUCACCUGCUUUUGCAGUAAUGUGUCUCUGCCAUCUGUUUUCUUUCUUUUUUUCUUUUUUCUUUUUUUUUUUUCCUGUUUUUUAACAUGAAUAACUAUUAACUCAUCUAAUAACAUAGUGGGAACAAGAAGGAAGAAGGAUUGGGUACAGGACUGUAUGCAACUGGAAGUUCAGGGGUGGGUGACGGGGCAAGGUAAUGGUACCAUGUAUUUUUCUCGUCAACAUCAGCAGCGGUAAAUCAUUCUUGGCCCCAAAUUUGAACUGAGUCAGGGCUGGACGUGGUGAGCGUCAUUGACUGGAUCGGGUCCUCAGCACUGCUGGCCUCCCCAGCUCUCGGAGGGCUGGCUGCAAUAGCCCUGUGCUGAAGGAGCCCCUGGGUCCACAGAAACCAGCCUCAGGGAAUCACUGCUGUACGAGGGUCACAGCCCAGCCCCCGGGGUGGCUAAACCCUGGAGUUUAGUCCGACCCAUAUUCCUUCAAUAGCUAAUGUGUUAGAGCGAUGAGUCCCGCUGUUGGGCGAGAGGGAGGGGGGGGUGUGUGUGUGUGUAGAUAACAAAAGUUUAACUGACCUUGCAUGCCAUUACAUUUGCAUGAUAUUUUUUAUUAGUUCCUGUUUUUGUUGUCUGACUUGAUCAUGCUAGUUGGCUUCCGUUUAUUGUCACGUGCUGGCAUAUUUUUUCAGCCACCCUUCCAGUUCAGUGUAGUAGCUACCCGCUGAAUGCUGCGGUGGGAACCAAGCGGCGCUGCAGGUGCCUGGGAGAAGGACCGUUUCUCAUUACUGCUUUCCACGUAUUACUUGCCUGACCAUAACCUUGAAACCUUGCUUUAAAAAGUAUGUGGUUUCCGUGUGCGUGAUCUUAGCAAGACUUAGCAGCCCUUAUGGAAUCAAAUGCCUGGGCAGGGGGGAAGGUAUAGGCUUCAGCAUCCUCUUAGAGCCUUCAGGAGGAUUCCUGCACGCGCUUAAAUACCGACGUGCAAAGCUGCGGGAUCCGGAAUUUCACGUCAAGGGAGAGAGGGUGCCUUGCCACGCAUUCCCCACGCUCCCCACCAGCCCUCCUGCACCAGGGACAAUGUCCCAUGGAGAUGUCCCUUGAACGUGCAAAGGAGGUUGAGCAUAAGCCAGGCCUCGCUCUGUGGCCAGCGCGGUGCAGAAAUUGGUCUGUUUAAUGUGUAUUUUCUAUGCCAUUGCUUUUCGGACAGAGUCUUUCCCUUCCUUCCCAAGAAGUGGCGAGCCAUGCUUACUCUAUGACUUCUGGAUUUCUUUGUCUUCUGCUGAUGUACAGCCAGCAUUUCCACUGCUCCUAGCUAGGUAGUCUCCUGUUUCUUUCUUGAAAGCACUCUUAAAAAUAACUCUUUCCACCGAAGUCUCACACACUGCAGUUCUUUGCUUGUUUCUGGGAUGGAACUUCUUGCCUCUCUGAGGGGUGGUGGGGGGGGGAGACAGAAUUAUCACCUUUUUCUGAAGUGUUGGAUUGGGAAAUGUGCUUGGGGGUUAGCUUUUGGGUUGUCUUCCUUUUAACCUGCACCGCUUAAACAUGGCUUUGGGAAGAGGAUAUCUAAAUACAGUGUCUUAGACAGCAAAAAUUGAUUGGAGAUAAAUAAGCUGGAAAUAAAAUAGUUGAGCCUUUUCUCUAUCUCUUUUUUUUUUUUUUUUUAAUUGUUUGGUUUUUAAAUCGCACCUCCUGGUCUUAUCAACCUUGAUGCACUUUUUGUCAAGAUAAAUAGGUUUGCUAGGGGGUUGUUUGGAAAAAUGAAACUAUGGUUCUUGUGGCUUCUGGCAAACUCAGCUUUAAAAUCUUGAGUUAUCAAGGAAGAAGUUUGGGUUUUGACAUAAUUUUUUUUUUUUACAGUCACAUCAUAUGCACAUCAUUGAAUGUUUGUGGCAGUAUGCUUUGCUUCAGCUGUCUCUGUGCAUGUCCUCUUUUUAAUUACCAGCAUUUUGUGCCAAGUAGAAAACUUAAUUUUAACAUUUAUUUGUCCUGCUUCAUUUAACAGCCCUUCAAGGGAUGUUUGGCAGGGGAAGUCAGCUGAGUCUAGCUAUAUAUAUAUUUUUUUUUUAUUUUGGCAGAAAGCUGUGGCCAAGAGCAUUGAUGUAUUUUUGGUUGAGUUUCUUUCUCCAGCAAAAAGCAAGCUGUUUUGGAGAAACUGGGAGUAAACUGCAAACUUGCAAAACUUAAAGGUACUGUUUUGGUUUUUUGCCAAAGGAGAUGUUAAUGACUUUUUUUUUUUCUCUCCUUAAAACCCUGGGCCAUGUUUAGCUUUUUACUGCUGCACUUCUUUCUUUUCUUUACUUACGCCUUUUUUCACAGUAGCCCCUGGUUCUGCAUGGAGUAAAUGAUACACUCACAUCUAGUCGGAUGUGCUUUCACCUUUGCAUGUAAGUACAGUAGUAAGAGACUCGCCCUUUCUGCCUCACUACUGAUAUGAAACCAGUUGUGUUUUUCUGGGGGGUUCUUUAAGUCCACUUACUUGCAAGUGGCGUGGUUAAAAGUCCUUUAAACCUUUCUGCAAUAAUCUGCUUUUGCUGAGAUGUUGGAAAGAAGCCCUAGGGAACACGACAUCCAGCUCCUGUUGAAUGUCUAAAGCAGCCCUGCGUAGCUUGUUUGCCUGCUUGAAGCUAGCAAGCCAGCUGGUGAAACCGUGGACAGACGGUUGCAUGGGCAAAAGCCUUUCCUGACAGGCACUGCAGCCUUUAAUGCGCAUUACGCAGUGAUGAUAACUAGCUGAUAAUGCUGCAUGUUCCUGACAAGGCGGAUUUCAAACCUUAGAAUAAUAUAAAGGAGCAGGAAAGCACACCGAAAAGUGUGUUUCUGGGAUGAUGGUGUUCCCAGGACAUGGAAUGAACCCCCAGAAUGGGAAAACAAACAAAAUCUGGGUUGCAGAGAGGGGCCGCGAUUACCCUGUAGAGGCGGGCACGUGUGUGUCUGGUGGUCUGCCGAAAAGGCGGAGAUGAAUAAGGGUUUGCUCCCCCAAAACCUCACUGGGGUUGCACGGUUCCUUUCCAGGAGGGCAGUAAGUAGGAAGGCGUCCUUUGAACUCAUGGUUGUUAAAUGCAUUGCCUUGCAUCUCCUGUAGUGUGCGGUGCUGCCGGGGAGGGGGCAAAAGCGGUGACUGGCACCCACCCCCGGGCUCCUCUUCAGCCUGAGAAGUGCAACUCGUGUCAGCUCCUCCGUGUGCUUUUGACAGCUUGAAAUCCCGUCAAGGAGAUAUCUGUGUCUCUCUUUAAGCAUGUCUUUAUUUAACAUGACCACUGUUUCUCGAGGUAGCUCUCAUUCUGCUUCUCCUAAAACGUCCAAGUGAGAAUGGAAAUGUCUUUUUGUGUGUGAUCAUAUCAGAUAUGUCCAUUUGAAUCCAGUUACCAUUUGCCCUUCUGAGAUGUUUUAAGAGUGCGUAUUUGUCUCUUCUCCAAGGACCCUGGUUGCAUUUGCAGUAUAUGAUAGCCAUGACGCUCUCAUCAGCGUGUAUCAGCAUGGAACUGUACAAAUAUGAAGGGUUUUUUAAUUAACAGAAAAUAAAGCUGUGAACAGCGGUAGAAAUAUUGUAUUUGUAUACAUUUUUAAUAUCCUGAUUGCCUUAAACUAUAGAUGUAGAACUUUAUUACCUUGCUAUUUGAAAAUAACCCAUGUUUGUAACUAAAUAAUUGUGUAACCUACAUACAGUGUUAAUGCAAAUUAUAUGUAUGCAUCUGUUAGAUAUUGUCACUUUAUUUGAUGUUAAAAUAUUUUGGGUUUUGAAUUACAAAUUGAAUAAUAACCUUACAGCAUAAGUUCAGUUAUUUCUUGUAUAUGCUUUAGGUUACGUAUAGUGCCAACACUUGAAGCGGGGAGGAGGAAAUACAUUUUUACCCAAA